AUGAAUCGCCGCCAAGCACAGCGAUCGCUGGCUGAUCUGAUCUCCAAGUGCGAGGCCGCGCACAUCCAGCUCCCAGAGGAUCCCUUGAAGGCCCGUGCCGAGGCCGUGGAGGCGAUCGUCCACUCAUUGAAAGACGGGAAGGCGAACUUGGGCGACGCGCAGGAGGAAUUGCAGCAGAAGUACGGUCUGGAGCUCGUGUGGAAGCAGCACAUGGAGAAUGAAGAAGCCAAGCGACAGCGCCGCCGACAGUCCCAAAAGAAGAAAGCGCCUACCCGUGCAAAGGACCCGAGACUUUCAAAGAACCUUGGGGCUACGAGCACUGCCAGGAUGGGCGUGAUGACUCCGUCCAAGCGUCCGAAUGCCGCCCAAGAGGGUGAUGGCGAGAUGAAAAGCGCGAAGAAGGCGAAAAGUGCGCGGGGACUUAUCGUGUCUGGAGGUUCAAGCGACAAGGAGGAGAAACCACCCGCGAGCGGGAAAAAGGCUGCAGCCGGUCUGGGGACUAUCAUCGGGGAUGGCAACAGCUCUGGAAGCCCUGAUCAAGGGAUUGUUGACAUGCUGGACCUGGAGGACUUGGGGGACCCUGAUGGCGGCAGUGGCAGUGCCACGAGCAGCGACGGAGAGUUCGACCUUUAA